AUCGUUCCAGUCGUUGUCUCUCGUCUCAGGAUUAACCCGCUUUUUUUUUCUUUUCCUCGGAUUAGCCUCGAUAUAUUCCUCCGAGCCUUCGUCGCGCGAUAUACUCUCAUCAUGUCCGCGGCCGCUUAAUUAAGACUGAUCAACCGACCGUUCAGCCGAUCAACCUUGCCGGUUCAAUUAUCGCGGCGAGCGCUCGAAGAAAUAAUAACGCGCAAGACGAUAACGAUUUGUUUCAUCACAUGCGGCGAUAGGGAACUUCAACAUGUUUUACGGGACGUAAGAGAUUUUUUGCGAGCGCUUCCCGUCAUCGUCGAGGAAAGUUGAGAGGAGCGCGCCUUUAAAUAAGUCGAGAUCGCGCGCGGUCGGGCAUCAUCUCGAUCUUGAAACUGCGGCGCAGCAUCCCUGAAGGCUGGAGUCGAGUCGUCGCAGCGGUCGCCGUGUGAAGAAAGUGUUGCCUCCUCUCUUCUCACGGGGAGCUUCGGAGAUCUCGACCGAAAGCGAGAUGCCACCGCAGGAGAAACUCCCCACGGCUGAUGGCAGAGUCCUCGGGGAUCUAUCCUCUAAGGACGCGAGUCCUGACGGACUGUCGGCCUCGGCCUCGUCCGAGGCCGGAUUUCCGAUGAAGAAUGGCCUCAAGAGCGGCGACCAGGAGGAUGAUCCGGAGCGGCCCAAGGAUAUAGACUUCGAUGACCUGUUGCCGCACAUCGGCGAAUUCGGUACCUAUCAGAGGAUCCUGUUCGUGCUGAUGAUACCGUUCGCCUUCUUCGUCGCCUGGGUGUACUUCUCGCAGAUAUUUAUCACGCUUGUGCCGGAGGAACACUGGUGCCGCGUACCCGAGUUGGAGAAUCUCACUGUCGAAGAGAGGAUUGCAUUGGCGAUACCUGUCGACGAGAAUGGUCAUUCCAAGUGCACCAUGUACGAUGUAAAUUAUACAGAAAUAAUUUUAAACGGGAUCAGAGAUGCAGAUCCAAGCUGGCCGACGAAGGGUUGUUCGCAUGGUUGGGAGUUCAAUUUCACCGACAUACCUUACGAAACCGUGGCAACUGAGCUAGGAUGGGUGUGCGAGCAGAGCGCGUUGCCCACGACCGCCCAGAGCGUCUUCUUCGUCGGCGCGAUCUUCGGCGGCCUUUUGUUCGGAUGGAUCGCUGACAGAUACGGUAGAAUACCGGCGUUGGUCGGUGCCAAUAUCACCGGAUUUCUAGCAGGAGUCGCGACUGUGCUGGCCAACAGUUUCUGGGAGUUUGCGCUGUGCCGGUUCUUCGUCGGCUUCGCCUUCGAUAAUUGCUUCACCAUGAUGUACAUAUUAGUGUUGGAAUAUGUAGGACCAAAAUGGCGUACCUUUGUGGCGAACAUGUCGAUAGCUCUCUUCUUCACGUUCGCCGCCUGCGUCUUACCGUGGAUCGCAUAUUUUCUGGCCGACUGGAGGAUGACCUGCAUCGCCAUAUCCGUUCCUCUGGUUCUGGCAGUAGCGGCUCCUUGGUUGGUGCCUGAGAGCGCGAGGUGGCUUGUCAGCCAAGGUCAAGUGGAGAAAGCCAUCAAGAUCCUGGGUAAAUUCGAACGCAUGAACGGCACGAAAGUGCCCGACAACGUCUAUCAACAAUUCCGCGAAACUUGCGCCAGAGUGUGCAAGGAACAGGAAGCGGACAAAACUUAUUCUGUAGUGGAUUUAUUUAGGAGCCCACGCUUGCGAAACAUUACGAUCCUCCUCAUUCUCAUCUGGAUGGCGAUAUCGCUGGUAUUCGAUGGUCACGUUAGAAACGUAAAUAAUCUCGGACUAGAUGUCUUCAUGACAUUUACCAUCGCGGCAUUUACCGAACUACCCGCCGAUACGUUCCUUACCCUCGUUUUGGAUCGAUGGGGUAGGCGAUGGUUGGCCUGCGGUACUAUGGUAAUUUCCGGAAUUUUCAGCAUUUGGGCGAGUGCGGUUUCAAACAAUAUUUAUUCGGCCACCCUAGCGAUUGUUGGCCGAUUCUGGGUCAACAUCUCGUAUAAUAUCGGUCUUCAAUAUGCGGCUGAAGUGUUGCCAACAGUUGUAAGGGCACAAGGGGUUGCCUUGAUUCAUAUAAUGGGAUAUGUCGCUAGUAUCCUCGCACCCUUUGUCGUUUACUUGGACAUUGUCUCUUCCAUUCUUCCAUUAUUGGUUCUGGGCACUAUGGGAAUCCUGGGCGGUCUCCUGACACUCCUGUUACCGGAGACGCUGGAUAAAGAUUUGCCGCAAACCUUGCAGGAUGGCGAGGAUUUCGGAAAAGAUCAAAAGUUGUGGGAUAUGCCGUGUCUCUCGAAGAAAAAGCCUGCAGACGUCGAAGUGCCACCGGUGGCCAUCUUCCGAUCAUUCGAACGCAGCAGUCUACGAAGUUCGAUGAGAGCGUCCACCCGCGGAGAAACCUUGAGGAGCAGCAUGAUACAAAGAUCGAGUAUAAGAUCGCGGAAGAGCGUAAACGCGGCCACGGAAGCGGAAAACAAAUGAAUGUUCCAAGGCGCUGUUUUUUUUAUAUAUUCUUCCUUUCUACUGUCGUUCCUUCCUUCAUCAUGUGAUAUAUCGGAGCUACUAAAAUCAAAUUAUAUUUGAGGCGCACAUUCGUAUACUAUAAACCUGCAACGGUAUAGCUUUAAAUCGGCAAAAAAUAGAGUAUUGCUUUCUUCUAGCGUACUCUUAUUUAAUAAGAGGAAAGAUGGGGGCAGAAUUAUGCGAUUAGUAUGUAUUAGCGGAAGUAGAAAGAAGUAGAAGUGUCAAUUAGAACUUGGUUGAAUUAAGUUCUAAUCGAUCAUUUUACAUAUAUUCCUACUGUGAUUUUACAUCAUAGAAUCUUUUCAAUCUUCCUCACUAUAUUUUUAAUCUUAUAUAUGUGACAUAUCUCUGAAAUUUAAUUCAAAUUUCGAGAAAGUAGAUAGGGAUUUUACGGGCAGCUAUGUAAGCAGUAUUAACGUAAUUUACAAUUUUUUAUUGCAAUAAAUAAAUUUCUUCCACAUAGUUGUAUUUAGUAAUAGGAAGAAACUGAGUAAAGUUGAAAAACACGCGAAUCAUACGCUUCUUCCUUCGAGGAGAAAAGAUUUUUCAAAUUGCGUCGUUCCAAUCUCGAGGAAUCUAACCGCAUUGAAAAAUAGAUGAGAGACAGAUGAAAGGCAAAUACUCGAGAUAAUGUAACAUUUCUUCUAUGCAUUUUACAUGUUGCCGCGCGUGCAUCAUCUAUUGCUCAUAUACAAUACGAUAUUAUAAUGCAAAUCAAAUUUUUUUCGAGCUAUUUCAAAUGUUGCGAUGUGCUGAAUAUGAAUGAAGAUUUUGCACUGCGAAUGACAAAUUGUCGAGCAACAACUUUGUUGUGAUAAAAUGCGAUGUCGACACUUUUGCUUGUCAUCA